GACACAUCUACCAAUGGCUUGAUGUAGGUAUUAUUCUGUCGCAGAAGAGAAAGUACCAGAGUCUCAGUGAAACCCACUAGAGCAUAGGUACUGAGCACCUUUGACAAGAAUACUGGUACAAGGAUACCUUACGUGACCUUGGAAUCUUGUCCUACGUACUACAAAGACUCUGCGAGGAGCAACUCUGCUCGAACGAAGAGGGUGCACCUGUAUUACUCUACAGCAUGAAGCUUCCACUCUCGAGCAGACAACGAGAUCUCGCAAUCUUCUCUUCGAUCCUACGACUCUCCCAGCCAACAUGCGCGAACUGUACCCGUCCACUACACCGACUGAGUGACAGCAAUCAACAAUCUUCCUCACAUCGACGACCUUUCUCCGUCCUCAACCGCCCUCCGCCAAACUACCCCGGCCAUGUACCGCUCACGUCCGUGGAGCGUAUUGGCCUAGCAGUCGGUAGCGCAAUCACAUCGCUGAUAGAUCCCUACCGCCAUGAUAUGGUGGCGGCACUGGGUGAGGCGACAGCGCAGCCGUUCUUCAUCUCCUGGUUACGGAAGAGAAUGCUUUCUGAUCCUACAGGCAGAAGAAUACUGAGAGACCGGCCGAGAAUUACAUCCAAGAGCAUGCCAUUGGAGAUGCUACGAAAGCUGCCGGAGAACAGCGUGGGAAGAGCAUACGCAGCCUGGCUAGAUCGCGAAGGAGUCACGCCAGACACUCGAGAUGCAGUCCGCUACAUUGACGACGAAGAAGAGGCGUACGUGAUGCAGCGGUAUCGCGAGUGCCAUGAUUUCUAUCACGCCGUAACGGGCCUACCCGUCUGGGUCGAAGGAGAACUCGGGCUGAAGGCGUUCGAAUUCGCAAAUACUGGCCUGCCGAUGACCGGGCUCAGCCUGGCCGCCAUAGUGCGCCUCAAGCCUGCCGAGCGCCAGCGAAUGUUCCAGAUCUUCCUGCCAUGGGCAUUUUCGAACGGUUGGCGCAGUAAGGAUCUAAUCAGCGUAUACUGGGAGGAAGAGCUGGAAACAGACGUUGCUGACUUGCGCAAGAGGCUUGGGGUCGAGCAGCCGCCGGAUCUAAGGACCAUCCGAAAGAAGUUGAGGGACGAACGGAGAGCUGCUAAGGCUGCGAAGGUGCCUGCCACAAAUAGUGCUCCUGCUCCUGCUCCUGCAAAAGCCAAUUGAAAUUCACAUAGAUAAUCCUGAAACUUGAUUCAAGGCAUCGGCUCUGCAGAAUCAUUCUUUCUUUGGUUCUGGCUUUUUUGGCACAUGAACAGCUCAGCGUAGCAUGGUCCAUGGAAUUUACCCUCAUGGUCAAUCAUGCCGUGGCCCAUCACAUUGUGUUUGUCUGUUUUCUCG